GUGAGCGGAGAGAGAGGUCGUCGAUGGGGAGGCCGCCGUGCUGCGACAAGGCGAACGUGAAGAAGGGGCCGUGGACGCCGGAGGAGGACGCCAAGCUGCUGGCCUACACCUCCACCCAUGGCACCGGCAACUGGACCAACGUGCCCCAGAGAGCAGGGCUUAAGAGGUGCGGCAAGAGCUGCAGGCUGAGGUACACCAACUACCUGCGCCCCAACCUCAAGCACGAGAACUUCACCCAGGAGGAGGAGGACCUCAUCGUCACCCUCCACGCCAUGCUCGGGAGCAGGUGGUCUCUGAUCGCGAACCAGCUGCCGGGGCGCACGGACAACGACGUGAAGAACUACUGGAACACGAAGCUGAGCAAGAAGCUGCGGCAGCGCGGGAUCGACCCCAUCACCCACCGCCCCAUCGCCGACCUCAUGCACAGCAUCGGCGCGCUCGCCAUCCGCCCGCCGCAGCCGGCGCACUCCCCCAGCGGCGGCUCCUCCUCAUCGUACCUCCCCGCGCCGGCGGCGCUCCCGCUCGUCCACGACGUCGCGUACCACGCCGCCGGCAUCCUGCAGCCGCCGCCGCCGCAGCAGCAGCAGGCCGUUAUCGCGCGCGUGGACGCGGACGCGCCCGCGUCGCCGGCCGCGGACCACGGGCAGCAGCUCAAGUGGAGCGACUUCCUCGCCGACGACGCCGCGGCCGCGGCCGCGGCGUCCGAGGCGCAGCAGGCUCUUGACCAGUACCACCACGAGGCCGCCGCCGCCAGCGUUCUGGCUGCUGGGAGCAGCAGCGGUGCUGGCGGCCGCGCGUGCGGUGACGGUGGCGGCGGCGACGACGGCGCGGCGGCGUUCAUUGACGCGAUCCUGGACUGCGACAAGGAAACCGGGGUGGACCAGCUCAUCGCCGAGCUGCUGGCGGACCCGGCCUACUACGCCGGAUCCUCCUCUUCCUCGCCGGAGAUGGGCUGGGGCUGCUGAUGAAUUCAUUGUGAUUGAUUAGCGCAGCGGUUAUGCAAAACUUGGGCCGCUUAAUUUUUAGGCGAAUUACGACUAGUCUGCUUUGAUUCAAGCAGGGGCUUUGCUACUCCGGUCGAUCCUUCUUCGGAACUGAUUAUUUCAUCUUUGCAUCAUGCACGGAACCGCUUCGUGAUUUAUGAUUA